CAAAGCUGGAGUUUGCCAGUUUUUGUUGAGAAUAUCGCACAGCUUCCGAAAUGAUGCUGAAGUUCGGCAGAUUUGGGGAGUAUUUGCGUUUCUAUAAAUCAGUUCUGCACCACAAGUGUUGAAAAUUUUGAUUUGCCAUGGCAGGAUUUGAAAUACGGUCUGUGGGACCCUACAUUCUCGAAGGAACUUUGGGUAGAGGGCAAACCGGGCUCGUGAAACUUGGAAUUAACUGUGUCACCAAGAAGAAAGUUGCAGUUAAAAUUAUCGACCGUACGAAGCUUAGCGAGCAAGUUUUAAGCAAGGUUGAAAGAGAAAUUGCCAUCAUGAAGCUUAUCGAUCAUCCUCAUGUCCUUGGACUAUACGAUGUUUAUGAGAGCAAGAAACACCUAUUUUUAGUGUUAGAACAUGUUUCUGGUGGUGAGCUUUUUGACCACCUGGUCAAGAGAGGAAGGCUCCCUCUGGGAGAGGCAAGAAGAUUUUUUGCCCAGAUGAUCUCAGCUGUUGAUUUUUGUCACAAGCAUUGUGUUUGCCACAGAGAUUUGAAGCCUGAGAACCUUCUUCUGGAUAAAAAGAUGAAUAUAAAAGUUGCAGACUUUGGAAUGGCAUCUUUACAGGUUGGAGAUAAUGCCAUGCUUGAGACCAGCUGUGGGUCUCCACAUUAUGCUUGCCCAGAAGUCAUUCGAGGUGAAAAAUAUGAUGGUCGAAAAGCAGAUGUUUGGAGCUGUGGCGUUAUCCUCUAUGCUCUGCUUGUUGGAGCACUUCCUUUUGAUGAUGAAAAUUUAAGAAAUCUGUUGGAGAAAGUGAAGAGGGGACAUUUUAGCAUCCCAGUCUUCAUACCAACUGAUGUUCAGGACAUGAUCCGAGGGAUGAUCAAUGUAGACCCAGCGAAAAGACUUACAAUGGAGGAUGUGAAGAAGCAUAGUUUUCUUAACAGUUUUAAAGAUGAACUGCCUUUGGAGCCUCACGUUGUCGACAUUGUCAAGACGGAAGUUAUCCAAAGUAAAGAUGAAAUUGACCCUGAUGUGGUACACAGUAUGUCUUCCUUGGGCUGUUUCAAGAAUAGAGAGAGACUUCUUCGUAACCUCUUGAAGCAAGAAAAGACGAUAGAAAAAGUCAUCUACUUCAUGCUACUGGAGAGGAAAGAGAGAUCACCGACUCACGAGGAUUCUGCAGUGGCAACGAUAAAGAAUUUCAAAGAAAUUUUGGAAGACGCCCCAAGGAAAAGAGUCGACUCCUGUGGAUCUCCCAGAUUACAACGACCAAGAAAAACGUCUCUGACCGCUUCACCGCCUGUUACUCCAAGGACAAGAGCUGAAACCUAUUCCGGGGUCGUAAGUCCUUUGGUGCAAGUGAGUCCCCGACAUCAGCCGUAUACCGUGCAUCAACAAGAAAGUCCCUUGUCUACCCCUCCUGAAUCACCCACGCACCACGCCACCACACCACCAGGUAGCCCCUGGCGGACACGACUUGCCACUUUUAAGAACGCGAUUGUGAGCUCGCCAAGAUUCCACAGAAAAAAGUUAUCGAAUUGCGUAGAAAACAGCCCAGUGUCCGCCUCGCCUGACUCGUCUCCUGACAUCGUUAAACGCUCAUGGUUUGGUCAUUUAGUGUUAGGACACCACAACUCGCACUCGAAACACGAGCCUUUCUUUAUCGUCACAAGAGAAAAGCCUUUCAGCACUGUUAAAGCGGAUGUUGUCCAUGCAUUUUUAUCAGUCAGCCAUUUAACUCACUCCGUUCUCUCACAAAACGGCUUUAAGGCAGAAUACAAAAAACCAGGAGGAAAGACCAUGUUUAAUAAGGCAGUCCGCAUAUCUGUGAAUAUAAGUCCGACAGACCAAAGUAGAGCAGAUAAAAGUUCCGUUCACACGGUCUCGAUAGUUCUUGAGUCAGGACCGGUUCAUCGUUUUAAGAAAUUAUGCGAGAAACUCCAGCUCAUUCUCUUGUCGAACGCAAGACGAAGUACUAGUAACUGCCGCGCGGAAGAAGAGAACGCCGACGAAAAGUCUCUAUCAGAUGACAAAAGGUCUUGUUCUGAAAACUCUAAGCUACACCUCGCUCAGUUAUCAGAUACUGAAAGUGAAGGCGAGCUUUUGGAAGGUAAAGACAGACCCAGAAAAAACGAGAACACUUUGAAGAAGACCGUUAAUGGAGGCAAUAGUGAAAAGCUAGUUUGAAAAAUCAAAAUAUGGAAAAGAUGGAGAGGGUAUCCUUAACAAAAUCGAAACCUAGACGAAAGUCAAGAAAUUUGUGGGAAGAACGAAUUGAAGAAAAAAGAGAAAAGAAUUGUCAAGAAUGAAAUUACACACAACCACUGAGGGUGUAGAUCCACCGUAAUAAAUGCAGUUAGUAUCAAGGAAUUUUAAAAUUGUUGAUGAAAGCGAAGAAGCGCACUCAGUAUUUAACAGUCGAAUGAUUCAGUGAGGGUGAAAAUUAUUUAUUUAUUACUGUAAAUCCACCACAAUUGAAUUAAGAUUUUUUAUGAAAACUAUUUCAAUCUUAAAGGGAAAAAUGUACGAAACCUACUGUCGAAAACGGACAACAGGCGGAUCGAAUUCAAUUAGAGAAAAGGCAAGCACCUCGUAACCUUUAACAUCGCAAUGUUUGAUGAGUGGUUCCCAAUUGUAGGUGUUAUACAUUUCUGUGUACAGUGAAACCGCUAUCAAGCGGACGCGGACACUAAAAUGAAUUGUAUUUGAAUAAUUUCGAUUGUUAAAAACCUCUAUUCAGCAGACAUCCUCGGAACAUUUUCUAGUGUCCGCUACAAUUUAUUUUAGUGUCCGCGUCCGCUUAACAGAGGUGUCCACUGAAUUGGGGUUCGUUAUAAAAGGAAAUAUAAGACGUUUGUUUCCGAAUUCGGCUUGGUGUUCGCUUACAAGAAGUGUCACUGUAAUAAUUUAAAUCGAGAUAGAACUUACUUGCCGA